AUGGCUUCUUGCAUCACUGAUUCCGCGUGGAAAGUCAUUCCCAUGUUUCACUCCCGCUCGAUUUCCAGCACAAUUCACUUCUACACCCAGAAGCUCGGUUUCAAGCUCGCCAGCGUGAAGCCUGAGGGCUGUGAAACCGAGCUGACUUUUUGCUCCAUGUUCAUUGGCAAAAAAGCAGACGCGAAUUUUUACUUCUCCAGCGCAACAGCGGAAGCGUUUAAGCCAUCGCAAGCCAUGAUCGCUCUUGGAACUUCCGAGCUGGACGAGUACUAUGAACACGUGAAAGGAUUUCCUGAGGUAGAAAUCGCGGAGGACAUUGAAGAUACGCCAUGGGGAUUCAGGCAGUUUACAAUCAAGGAUAAUGAUGGGAAUCUGUUGACAUUUUUUAAGUUUCUGGAAGGAGGCAACCCGGGGGAAGAGUAA